AUGGGUGGUUCUAAUCAAAUAAUUUUUAAAUCAUUAUUAAUACUGAUUUUUUUAUUAUUUACUUUAGACCCAAUUUUUACGGCCACAACAGAUGAAAUAACAUGUCUAAAUAAUUUUAUAUCAAAAUUUAAUAUUUCUACAGUUUAUAAUAAUUAUUGUUCAAGUUUAGGAUUUAGAUGUUUAAAUGGAAAUGGUGUUGUUCAAAAAAUUUCAUUGUUUGCAAAUCCAUUUACAACAAAUGGAGAAUAUGUAGUUCCAACUGAUUUAACAUGCCUACCAUCACUUGAGGAAAUAUAUCUUUAUAAUUUUAAAGUUUCAUCAGAUUUAUUAUAUUAUAAAUUUUCAACAGUUUAUACAUAUAAUUAUACAAAUAUUAAAACAAUUGAUAACAGUUUAACAAAUGGUUUUACACAAUUAUUACCAAGUUCAAGUCAAUCAUAUGGUUAUUAUCAGAUUUCUAGUGAUGAAUUAAAAUCAUUUACUUUAAAAUUAUCAUAUUUAGCUAAUGUCCAACAAUUUACAUUGGGAAGUGGAUCAAGAGUUUAUAUUGAUUGUGAUUCUGCAUAUAAUACUUCAAAGCUUGUUGUAUUAAAUGUUGAAGGUGCAAUUAACUAUCCAAAUGUUACAAACCUUUUAAAAUUUCAAACUCAAACAUAUACUUUUACAGAAGAGUUUUUAGAAUCAUCAAUUUCCAAUUUUACAACUGCACCAAAAUACGGGUCAGUUACAGCCAUUCACCCACUCAACAAAAUUUAUCCAUACUAUGGUAAUUUAAAUAGAAAUAUCUAUACAUUUACCUCUACAGCAAGAUAUUCAGCACCAUCAUCAAUAAUAGAUUUAUCAGGUUUUUCAUUCUUUUAUUUAACAUUAAAUAAUGUAGGUCCAGAUUUUAAUGUAAAUGGUAAAUUCCCAUUUUCAAUCAAUUCAAAUAGAUAUACAGAUGUUAAAGUUUAUGGUGGAAAUUAUACUGUUUUCCCAGAUAUAGUUUCAACAAUUAAUUCAGAUUUAUCUAUUAAAAACAAUGGUUUAAGUAUGGAACUUCCAAAAUUCAAAGGUGUAACAAAAUAUCCAAUUGAUCUUUCAAAUAAUAAUCUUUAUGGUACAAUUGAUAAAUCUUGGUGUAAAGUCUCUUUAAAUGUAGCAAAUAAUAGUUUAUCUGGAGAAAUUCCAAGUUGUUAUGCAUGUUAUUUAAAUGUUGCAGAUGUUUAUAAUAAAUUUAUUGGAAAUUCAUUUACAAAUUUAAUUUCAAAUUAUCAAUGUACAACUUUUAAGCCAAAUAUAAGUAGAGUUUAUUAUUCUACCAAUACACUUAAAAUUACAGGUGUUGAUAUUGGUCAUGAUCCAAAGAAUUAUGUUUAUAAUGGAGCAACUCCAGAUUCUUGGGGAACAUCAAUUCCUGGUUUUGAAUAUACAAUUACCUAUAAUUCAGCAGAUUUUUCAAAACUUUCAUAUUUUAAUCUCCAAUUUAAAAAUCCAAUUCCAGCAGUUACCUACACAUUCCCUUCAAUCCCACAAGCACCAACACCAACAAGUGUUAAAGUAAUUAAUGACCAAUUAACAAUUCCAGGUACCUUUUUUUCAAGUUAUAUGGGAAAUUUAAUUCAAACAGUUUUAGUAGCAGGUAUUGAUUGUACUGUAACUUCAGUUAAUUUCUAUUCUUUAACUUGCACUGCAGUUUCACCAUUACCAACAACUGAGGAUAUUCAAUUUUUAAAAAUUCAAACUGGAAACCUAACUAGAAGAGCAUAUAUUAAAACUGUUAACGAGUCAUUAAAUAAUGUUUUAUGUACAAAUUGUAAUGGUAAUGAUCAAGCUUGUGAUAUGAGUUCUGGUACUUGUUAUGCUUCUUGUCCAAAUGAUUGUAGCGGCUUUGGUACUUGUAAUAAUCAAACUGGUGUUUGUACUUGUGAUGCAAAUCGUCAAGCUUUAGAUUGCUCACUUCCUUAUUUUGAAUGUCCAGCCGAUACCUGUGGUACUAUAAUUAAAAAUUCAUUCUGUAAUAAUCAAACUGGUGAAUGUAAAUGUGAUUCAACACAUCAAGGUAGUGAUUGUUUAACUCCAUAUAUUGAAUGUAAUUUUAGCUGUGGUUUUGGUACUUGUAAUAACCAAACUGGUCUAUGUGUAUGUGAUUCAACUCAUCAAGGCUAUUAUUGCAACAAUCCAUUAAUACCUUGUUUAAAUAAUUGUUCAGGACAAUAUUGUGAUACCUAUCAAGGUAUAUGUUAUUGUGAUUAUGAUCACCAAGGUGAAGAUUGUUCAAAAGAUUUUAAAGAAUGUCCAGUAUUUAAUGAUUAUUAUUGUAAUGACAAGGGUGAAUGUGAUUUUGAAACUGGUAUUUGUAGUUGUUUCUCAAAUUCAAGCUUUACAGGACCAGCUUGUUCAAUUGCAGAUCAUUAUAUUUCAUCAGUUAUUCCAUCAUUUGAAGAAGGUGGUGAUGCAAUUUUUAAUGGUUGGUUUGGUGAUGAACAUAUAAAUUUAACUUUAACAAUUGGUGAUAAACAAUGUACUCCAAUAUUAUCUAAUUCUUCAACUUCUAUCACUUGCAAAGCAAAACCCGGUAGUGGAAUUAAAAAUGUAAUUUUAUUUCAAAAUGAUUUAACAUAUACAGCAAAUAAUAUUUAUCUUUAUAAGACCCAAAAUAAAACAUUACAAUGUCCUAAUCAAUGUUCAAAUAAAGGUACAUGUAAUUCAACAACUGGUGAAUGUAAAUGUUAUAAAGGUUAUGGUUCUUUUGAUUGUAGUACAUUAUCAAAUGGUGAUAAAGAUCUUGGUGAAUCAAAUACUGGUGGUAAUGGUGGUAAUGGUAGUAAUCCACCAAAUGAAUCUGUUAUUGAUCCAAAUAAAGGUGGUGCUAAUGUUACAAAUCAAGAAGUUAAUUUCCAAAUUUAUUUUGAAUCAUUACUUGAAAUUGAUUUUAAUGGUAAUACAGUUUACGAAUAUUCUUUACAAAGAAAUUGGGAAUUAGAAAUAAAAAAUCAAACAUUGAAUGAAAAUAAAUAUGUAUUUAAAAAAACAAUUCAAGAAUCUUGUUUAAUUAUUUCAACAGUUGAAGAAAUUAAUGAAAAUAAAAAUUUAGAAUUUGCAGGUGAAACUUUUAUAAUUGAAAGUGGUUCAAUCAAAUUUACAAUUUCAAUUAAUAACUAUCAAUAUAAAAGUAGUUUAAAUACAUUAAAAUUAAAUUUUAUUUCAUCAGUUAAUCAAUUAUCAAAUGAAAAUAAUAAUGAAAAUGAUUGUAAUGAAAAACAAACUUCAAUUUCUACAAAUGAUAAUUUAUCAAAUUUCAAUUACAUAAAGAUUUCAAAAAAUAAUAAGGUGUUAAGUGGAAGAUUCGUUAAUAGAUUAGUUUCUGAUGGAAAAUCAACAUUUUUAUCAACUACAACAACAAAAUUAUCAGAUUCAGUUAUUGUAUCAUUAUCUUUACCACAUUGUACUAAAGAGUGUAUUAUUGAUCCAGAUUUUUCAGUUUUAUUAGAACCAGAUUUUAAGAGUGAAUGCGAAACUGAUUCAGAUAAACGUAAUUGGGUUAUACCAGUUGCAGUUGUACUUCCAGUGGCAGGUGCAGCAGCUUUAGCUACUAUUGGUGGUGUAAUAUAUAAAAAGAAAUAUAUUGAAAACCCAUUAAAAAAGAAACUUCAAGGUAUUGCAAAUAGAAAUUCUUAA